ACCGUUGGCUGUGCGUGGCGGAAAGAACUCGAGGGAGAACCAGCGGUCCCCGGAGUCAAUGCGCCGCCUCAUCUUGUCGCUCAACCGGGUUCCGCGGUCCACCUCCCCGACAGGGGUCGAACACCUGGAGCUCUCCUUGGAGCUUUCAUCGCUGUUACUCGCUCCGCUCGAGUCGCUUUUAAACGACCAGCCGUUCUCCUCGUUUUGCAGCACCAUGACUCCUAAAUGAUCUGGAUAUACACCAGCAACAGGAAGGAGCACCCGGAGGAAACCCAUGCAGAUACAGGGAGGACAUGCAAACUCCACACAGAAAGGCCCUCGCUGGCCUUUCUCUUCUUAGCCCAGACGAUCCUGGGCGAAACCAGGGAAGAUGAAGAUGAAAUACUACCACGGAAAGACUACGAGAGUUUGGAUUAUGACCGGUGUAUUAAUGAGCCAUGUAUGGAGGUGUUGGAGGGGAUGGACAAUAAGAAAGCCAAAAAGUAUGAAGCGGUCAAGUGGAUGUUGGUGUUUGCUAUUGGAGUAUCUACAGGCCUGAUUGGCGUCUUUGUCGAUUUCUUCGUGCACCUCUUCACCCAGCUGAAGUUCAGACUGGUGGGAAAGUCUGUGGAGGAGUGCAGUGAAAAUGGCUGCCUUGCUUUGUCAUUGCUCGAACUUCUAGCAUUCAAUAUGGCAUUCGUCUUUAUCGCCAGCGUCCUCAUUUUGAUCGAGCCCGUGGCUGCUGGGUCAGGUAUUCCAGAAAUCAAAAGUUACCUGAAUGGUGUGAAGAUUCCAGGAAUCGUACGAUUGCGCACGUUCAUCUGCAAAGCCGUUGGGGUUCUGUUCGCUGUAGCUGGAGGUUUGUUUGUGGGGAAAGAGGGACCCAUGAUCCACAGCGGAGCCAUUGUAGGAGCUGGACUCCCCCAGUUUCAGAGCAUCACCUUCAAGAAAAUCCACUUUCAGUUUCCCUACUUCCGUAGCGACAGGGAUAAGAGGGAUUUUGUGUCUGCGGGAGCAGCAGCAGGAGUGGCUGCAGCAUUCGGGGCUCCCAUCGGGGGUACUCUCUUUAGUCUGGAGGAAGGCUCGUCUUUUUGGAACCAAGCUCUGACAUGGAAAGUGCUGUUCUGCUCCAUGUCGGCCACCUUCACUCUGAACUUCUUUCGUUCUGGAAUCAACUACAACAAAUGGGGUUCCUUCCAGCUCCCUGGCCUGCUCAACUUCGGAGAGUUUAAGUGUUCAGAUGGGGAUAAGAAGUGUCAUUUGUGGACGGCGGUGGACCUGGCCUUCUUCGUGCUGAUUGGGUUGGUGGGUGGCCUGCUUGGCGCCAUGUUCAACUGCAUCAACAAACGGCUCGCCAAGUACCGCAUGAAGAACGUCCAUCCCAAAGCCAAAUUCAUUAGGGUGCUGGAGAGUCUACUGGUGUGUCUGGUCACUACCGUGGUGAUUUUCCUAGCCUCCAUGACCCUGGGAGAGUGCCGGGAUUUAGUCUCCUCAGCAGCUAACAACACAACAGCACUAGUGUCACCAAAUGAGGACGUGAACUCAACAAUACGGCGUUUCUUCUGCUCCAAUAAGACCUACAAUGACAUGGCAACUCUUUUCUUCAACCCUCAGGAGACUGCAAUACUUCAGCUGUUCCACCAAGAUGCCACCUUUAGUCCAGUCACCCUCUCUCUGUUCUUUGUGCUGUACUUUUUGCUGAGCUGUUGGACAUAUGGCGUCUCUGUCCCUAGUGGACUCUUUGUCCCUUCACUACUCUGCGGGGCCUCUCUUGGGCGCCUAGUGGCCAACAUCCUCAAAAUAAAUCUUGGUAUGCAAAUAUACUCAGGGACUUUUGCUCUGAUCGGAGCAGCUGCCUUUCUGGGAGGCGUGGUACGCAUGACCAUCAGCCUGACCGUCAUCCUCAUCGAAUCAACCAAUGAGAUCACAUAUGGCCUUCCCAUCAUGAUUACACUAAUGGUGGCCAAAUGGACAGGAGAUUUGUUUAAUAAGGGAAUUUAUGAUAUUCAUAUUCACCUGAGAGGAGUGCCACUACUGGAGUGGGAGACUGAAGUAGAAAUGGACAAACUAACCGCGAGUGACAUCAUGGAGCCAAACCUGACCUACGUGUAUCCCCACACACGCAUUCAGUCUUUGGUCAGCAUCUUGAGGACCACCGUGUAUCACGCCUUCCCCGUGGUCACUGAGAACCGUGAUAAUGAAAAAGAGUUCAUGAAGGGGAACAUCCUGGUCAGCAACAAUAUCAGAUUUAAGAAAACAAGCGUGUUGACACGGGCAGGAGAGCAGAGGCGGAGGUGCCAGUCGAUGAAAUCGUACCCUUCCAGUGAGCUGCGUAACGUGUGUGAUGAGCAGGUGGGGGUGGAGCUCGCUGAGGAGGGUCAGGAUAUCCUGCAGCAGAUGCUGGACAGGAGACAUGUGCCGUACCCGAGUCUGUACCCGGAUCAGUCCCCCAGUGAGGAGUGGAGUAUGGAGGAGAGGUUCCGUCCGCUCACCUUUCACGGCCUCAUCCUGCGCUCACAGCUCGUCAACCUGCUCAUUCGUGGAGUGUGUUAUGCUGAAAACCAGUCGAGCGCGUCUCAGCCCCGGCUCUCCUACGCUGAGAUGACGGAGGAUUACCCACGUUUCCCUGACAUUCAUGAUCUAGACCUCACCCUCCUCAGCCCACGCAUGAUCGUGGAUGUGACGCCAUACAUGAAUUCAAGUCCAUACACUGUCUCUCCGAACACACGCGUCUCUCAGGUCUUUAACCUGUUCAGGACCAUGGGGCUGCGCCACCUACCUGUAGUCAGUGCAGUAGGAGAGAUUGUAGGAAUAAUCACAAGACAUAACUUGACCCAUGAGUUCUUAAUGGCGAAGCUCAGACAGCAUUCCAUCACCAUCUGAGAUCAUCUCUUUUCAGCUGUGUGUGUGUGUGUGUGUGUGUGUGUGUGUGUGUGUGUGUGAGAGAGAGAGAGCCAUGUCUCAACUCCCACUGGACCAGAAAUUCAGCUCUCACUGUUAAGCCAUUCCUGGCUACUUCCUGGACCACUAGAACAUGGUAAAGCAGGUUCAUACUGACUGACACAGAAACAAACACACACACACACACACACACACACACACACACACACACACACACACACAGGCAGACUUUAUCAUACUAAUUUAAAAGUUGAACACGAGCUCAUCAUGAAACUCCAUCCACAUUAUCGUGUAUGAUAUGAAAAGAACUCUCGCCUUGCUUUAUGAACCUCACUGUAGCCCUUUUGGGUUGUGUUUUUGGUUGGUUUUUUUUUUUUUGGACAUUUGUUUUUGUAAAAAUUUUCUGACAUCUUUGUAUUUGUGUUCAUAUGCUGUUGCACAAAACGUCAAUUUCAGAAAGAAGGUAAUGUCUGGAACAAGGCCAGAAGAAAAACUUCCUGAAAGUAUGGCAUUAUAAAAAUAUAUCAGAUUAUUAUCGUGAGAAUACUGUAGAUAAGCAAGCAUGUCCACCCUGCAGUGUCUUUCAUAUACGAUUUAAAGGGCAUAUUCUGGACCAAUUUUUUUUUUUUUUAUACAUCAAAGUAUGUCCCUUUACACACUCAUCCAGAAGGGUAAUUUUGCACAAGGCCAUCUGUCUACAGCAGAAAAAAAAAACACGUCUGGAAAAAUCCCAAGGGAGUCUGGCGCCAGAUUCGUGAUGUCACCUGCGGAAGCACCAGCAGGCUGCGAGAGCUUUGCACGGUUUCAGUGCACAGCCUGUGUAGACCAAGCGCUCCCAUUUCUCUCUCAUUGUCCGGUCUUUUGGGAAACGAUGAGUACUAAUCCCAUCAAGAUUGGUGUUGCUACGCCCUCCUACGAUACAUCUGUUAACCAUUUUAGUAAUUACGUGAUAACGUUAAAGAAAUUUGCAGAAAACCACCAGGUCGUUUUUUCAUAAACAAACCAGCGCUGACAUAGGAUUCAGAAGGAGGCGUCCCGCAUGCGACGUCACGAAAAUCAGUGUUUGCCGGGAAAUCCAAAUGCCAAGUUUUUUCAAAGGCGGACCAAUUCGCCUCAAAUGGCUUGAUUUCAACUGAAUAUUUCUGGUAUUGCGCAAGGUAAAAAAAAAAUGUCAGCGAAUGCAGGAUGUUACAGAUGUUUGACCAAAGUUUAAUAUAAAAUAGGAGAAUUACAUUGAUCUUGCUUCUGAAUUUACCCGUGAUAUGCACUUUAACUCCUUCAGAAAUGUUCUGAUUCAGAGUCAGGUGUGUUGAAUGAAUUGGGAUUAAAAUGAAAUGCACACCUCAUCUCAAACAGGCCAGUUCCUCUAGUCGAUGGGUGAAAUGCCAUUCUUUUUUUUAUUUUUUUUUAUUAUUAUUAUUUUUUUUUUAAGAAUUAAAUGAACACGCCAGUGUUUUUCA